CUGAUGUGUAACAGGGGGAACCUCAGUCGAUGGCCAUGAUCUACCAACUGGUCACACAGGCCUGUGAGCAGCUGGUGCAUAAGGAGGUGUUGAAGCUCGACAUGUUCAUUAAUAAGAUGAGUCGUAAGCCUGCUCCUAUUGAGGAGCCGGUGGGGCCCCCCGGGGAACCUGGUAUACCAGGGCCCAAGGGCCCACCGGGCACCAGGGGCACCCCGGGGCGUGUCGGCCCAAGGGGGACCCCCGGCAGGUCUGCAUAUCCAGGAGAACAGGGAAGAAGAGGUAUGCAAGGGGGCAAAGGGGACGCAGGGGCCAAUGUCCAGGGGCCCACAGGGGUCAAGGGAUUUGCAGGUCUUCCAGGGGAGUCCAAGCUGGGGAGUCUGGGUUCCAAAGGAGACGAUGGUAAGCCAGGACCCCCAGGUAUCGCCGGACCUCCUGGACAGCCCGGCGAGGGCGGACCAUCGGGGGAGUGUGACAGCAGUGGAGGCUGCCAACGGGUUCCCCAGCAACCAGAGGACCCUUAUUAUGCCUACCAGCCCUGAGCGGAUAUUAACGAGCAGGCAGCAACGCUAAGGUGACGGACGUCGGUUAGGAAUGACUAUGGUUCCUUUGGAGCUGAAUGCCAGACCAGGAAUGGAGCUUUAAAAAAUAAAAUAAAAAGCACCGCUGAAGAGGUUUGCUGCGGUGAACUUGCCACUGGCUGAUGCAGAAGCCCCACAAGCUUCAUCACGAAAAAGGAAACAACAGAUGGAGGAUCCUCUCCCGGAUCACUCAUGUUACCAUUUUCUUUGACUUUUAAUAGAAACGAGAAACAAGAAUACGUGGGACGCUCUCUAAUAUAGAAUAGUGAUGAAUGAAUGAACAGAUACCAUCAUGAAAGAAAAUAUUUUGUCAUUAGGAUCAGUCAUGUGUUGUCUUAUCCACCAUAUUCGCACUGAAACCUUUUAUUACUAUGAUCAUGUAUUCAUGCACUGUAUCGAUGCCAAGUAGGUUAGCCAUCUGUGUUACAUUUAUACAUAUUUCAUUUGCCAUUCUAACCUUAACUGCCUCAAUGAUAAUGAAAAUGCAUAAUCCAUGGUGUAAAAGCUUAAUUUUGUUCCAUGGUAUAAAUGAUACUGUGAGAAUCUCCUUUGUCUUGUGUAUGAUACUUUGUAUAUUGUUUAUUAUAUUCACUGUAUGCAGUUAUUCAUUUAUGAUAUUUUAUACUGUAACUUUUUGUAUUGAAAAUUCCUGUUUACAUUUUCCGGUUUCAAUGGGGUUCAGGUGAUAAAUACUACGUGUGUGUGCGUGUGUGUGUGUGUGUGUGUGUGUGUGUGUGU